AUGGAGAAGCGUGGACGCAAGAGGACAUUCCAAGGAUGCAAGACAUGCCGUGUUCGGCACAUCAAGUGCGACGAGGCUCGUCCAUCAUGUGGACAGUGCAGGCGAGGCGGCCACGAGUGUAGCGGCUAUUGGUCCCCCUUGCUUUGGAUCAGCCAGACCCCGACAGGUCGGCCCCGGGCUGACCGGAGCCAUGAGUUUCGUUACCCAUUCUUUUCGGAAACUCAGCGCCGGCAGAUGAGUGUCGAGAUCUCUCGCAGUCUUGGUUCCAAGUCCGUUGUUGAGCUUUUAGAUCGCCUCGACUCUUCGUGCCAAAGAUUGGAGACCCGAGGCCGACCUGUUCAGGGCUUGACCAGAGGGCCCUUCAGCGCCUUCUCAUGUGAUGCCCGCGACGAUGACGAAGACUCUCCCCCCGGCCAUGUUGGUCUUGAAACUGGAGGAGCAUCUACCCAAUCUCCCCAGGGAGACGUGCAUCCGGCAGCUCUGGAUGCAAAAGAAAAUAUGUCGGAAAGAGACUCUUUUGGUCUCAACGAGUACGCAUCCAAUAUGGUAGAACUGGAGCCAGGCUCGGCGCUCUUCCCGCCAUUUGACCCGGCUGCCAAUCUCAGCGAUUGGUUUGAUACUUUUGAAGACUCUGUAUUCGACCCAUUCCUUGCCCCGCCAACACCAACGGUGCAGGGUCCAUCGGGGCCUAUGCUCCCUCCUGUUUCGUUAGAUGAGUCCCUACUUGAUACGCCUGAUAUUUCCAUGGAAGCCUCUGCUGUUGUUGUAGACAACCACCUGCCAGCAGCCAGCCCCGACCCCAGUCCUGACCGCAUCUGGCGUUGUGAGGACAAUGCCACAAGACGACUCUCCAUUAUCGCCCCAGACCUCACGCCUUCAGCCGAGACUAUACUUCCGGCCCAUUCAGAGCCCCUGAUACGCUAUUAUCGGCAGCAGAUAUAUGAGGGACGCUUUCUACAGGCCAAGAAGGCCUCGCCCUGGCAAUCCAUAUUCUUCCCCUGCGCUCUUGAAACCUUUGCCGAACUGUCACUCUGGCGAACUACUACCAAGACCCGCUACGCUCUCCUUUAUGCUUUAUUAGCUUUGAGCUCCUUCAACCGUUGGUCGCGGAAUGAUGAUAGCAACGGCGUUGGUGGCAAGUCGUGGUAUGAAGUUGGGUGUUGCUAUCAGCAAGGCGCGCAGCAUCACCUACGCUCCGCUCUUGCUACGGAGAUGACAGGACUUGAGCAGGCGAGAUAUAAAGAACUUCUCAUGGCUAUUCUGGCCGUGUCUAUGAUAUCAAGGUUGAUUCACCGCCAGGGCCUCGCUGAUCAAGAUAUACCCAUGGAUGCACGUCUCCUACACCACAUGUACAGCUACCUUCGCGUCACUUCAGAGAGCAUUGGUAUACGCUUGCAAGCCCCCACAGAUGACCCGAGGAGGGAGUUCAAUGAACCACCAGAAAAGAAUGGCAUGUUUUGCCUCGCUACCGAGUGCUACGAUGUCGGGCUCGAUUCCGAAGAAGUCAAGACGCCAGACCUUGGCUACACAGAUAUCCACCUACAGGUGCAGGGACAAUGGCAUAAGUCGCUUUAUCCCGCCAUCUACGGCUUUCCCGAAAUGCUCUGGACGCUGCUCUCUCAGACGGUCGCCACCGCACGUGAGAAGGCCCGGAUCGAAGCGCUCGAUCCGCCCGACCUGGCCCUUACUAAUGCGCUCCGGAAACAUAUAGAAAAGUUGGAGAAGACCAUGUGGGCGUGGACGCCGACCGCCCAUCUCUUCGGGCCACAGCAAAAGCCUUCGACAUCCUCUGCCACCGAGGCCACGCAAGACCUCCUUGACAACCCAGACGCGAAGGCCCUCGCCCAGGGCCUCCAUCAGGUGAUCAUCAUCUACUACUACAGGAAAGUGGCCAAGGUCAGCCGCAUGGUGAUACAGAGCAUCGUCGAGAAGGCGCUCGACUAUCUGGAGCCCUGCAUCGCACGCAUCAAUGAUCAGGACCUCACGCCCUGCAUCGCCUGGGCGGUCUCAACCGCGGCUUGCGAGGCGGCCACUUCGGCGCUGCGGGAGAAGGCGCUGAGGAUCCUGGCUGCUGUGGAGGAACAAGGCGUCUUUUUGCCAAAUAUGCCGUCCAGGGAUACUUUGACAAUCAGAUGGCAACAGCAACCCCUUACAGAGGUAUGUUAA